AUAAAAAAUUCUGAUCUUGGUAAAGAAAAAAGUGAGCAUAAAGUUGAUUUGAUUACCGAAGAUUCUCACGUAACGAAACAUACAAGGUUGGAAGAUGAGAAAGAUGAUUAUGUCGAGUAUGAUGAACAUGACAAUAAACAUAAAAACGAAAGUGCAAAUAUGGGUAAUGGGUACAAAGAUAAUAUUGCUUACGAUAGCAAGGGUUCCGGAUGUA